AUGGACCCAUUCAAUGAAGUCAAAGAGGAUGCAUAUAAUUCCAUAAGAACGUUAGAGAAUAUAAUAAACUCACGACCAAAUGGUCAACCACCAACAUCUGAUCAACAAUAUGAUUUUGAAAAUAAUUAUCAAGAAUUACAAGAGAUUUAUCAAGAUUUACAACAAGCAUUAUCCAUAAGUGAAGCACAACCUGCUAAGUUUAAUUUGUCAGAUUUAGAUAUUUCCAAUAGAAAAUCGAUAUUACUGGAUUUAGAUAAUAAGAUUAUUCAAUUGCAAAAUAGUUGGAACACAAAACAAUAUAGAGAUGUUACUACAAUGUCGAAUAGAAUAAGUCAAGAUGGUAUUGGUGAUGAUGGAGAUAAUCCAUUUAAUGAAUCAGGUAUGACAUCGUAUCAACAACAAGAGUUAAUUCAAGAACAAGACAAUCAGUUGGAUGAUAUUCAUCAAACAAUGAUGAAUUUAAACCAACAAGCAGCUAUAAUGGGGAAUGAAUUGGAAGAACAAGGAUUUAUGUUGGAUGAAUUGGAUUAUGAAUUAGAUAAUGUCGAUAAUAAACUACAAAGAGGAAUGAAAAGAAUAAAUAUCUUUUUGGAAAGAAAUAAAGAAACAGCUAGUAAUUGGUGUAUUGGUAUAUUGGUGGUAGUACUAUGUGUACUUUUAGUUGUGUUGAUUAUAGCAUAA